UACCUGGUCUGUGGUUGUUUUGAUCCAACAUUUGUUCACCAGUUGUGACAUGUUUUCCCGCUAGUGUUCUUGAAAUAGUUUAUAGAGACACCGCCGUGGCGACAUGAUAACAUAAAACAUGUACACCCACUGUCGGCUUCAUGUUGCAAUGGUUACAGAGUGAUUGACGGGGGCUUGCAAAGAAGGCGCAUUCAGCUUUGUUAAUGCUAGGAUGCUGAUGACAUGUCAUCACUGGGUUCAGAAACCGCUAAGAAGUAUAUAGAUGGUUGCACAAAAUGUGAGGCGGUAGGACAAUCAUACAUGUCUCAAUACAACAGUGCUAAAUGCAUCCUUCUUCACACCGAACGGGGUAUCAUUUGUGCUGGAAAGAAAUCUGGACAACUUUUAGAAAAGAAAAAGAAAACUCUUGACAGACUAGGGAAGGUAGUCUCAGCUUUGAGGAACAGCGGAGGGGGUCAUGUUCUGAUUCACGUAGAGGGUCAAAUACCUGAGGACAGGUGUCUGGAACAGUUUGAUGAGUUCAUCACCAGGAGUCUGUCUGAUCUCAUUGAUGACGGAGAGUUAUAUGUAGACACAUACAGGCGACAUUGGCUCUCUGAUAUACAUGAGUUUCAAGGUCAUGCGGACUACGUUUUAGUGAGCGUGAAGGAAACGAAUCGGAUAGCUACUGUGGAUUUUAACACGAAAGUGAGGAACGAUAUUGAAAACGUAUCAGUAACUUCCGCCAGUUUGGCUCUGUGCAUGAUCGAUAGACAGAAUAACACACAUACCAAGAAACCCAAGAUAAAAGGUUUAUUUGAGAAUAUUCAGGAUCUCCAUGAAAGCAGAAAUAUUGAGAUCAAGCGUUUCCAUAUUAGCAAACUGAAGAAUCAAGUAACAAAGCAAAUUUCUAGAAGUCUGUCGGAUUUCGUAGAUUAUAUAUGGCAUGAUCUCAAACUUAAGGAUAAUCUGACCUCUAUGUCCAAGGUUGAGGGAGGUGGGUCAUACUAUGUUGGGAUAAGUGAGGACACUCUGGAAAUUGAGAGUUACAGAACCAAACUUCUUAACAUUGAUGGGUUUUGCAUGACAUUUGAAGAAUCUGAGUUCAUCAGAGCCAUUAAAGCUAAACUUCAAAGUGACACAAUAGCCUUACAGAAGGACACAUUCCGUUGUGUCCCUGACGAUUUGAUUGAAGUGCGGUUAUAUCCACUACCUGGAAAUGAGAGGCGUGUUCUAGAGAUAGCUGUGCGAUAUUAUGAUGUGAUUAUCUUCAAUGACAAGGACGGACCAAGGGCAUAUGAAGUGAAGGACAAGGCUAUACAUCGGAUGGACAAAGCGACCUGGUUAGGGCGUUUUAAAGCCGGAAAUAAAUAAUUUAAGGGACGUUCAACAUGGCAGAGCAGUUGGAGUUUCCCAGCAAGACGAGUGACAGUGACGAGAGUGAUGACUCCAGUGUGCCCAGCAGGUGAUAUGCUCCCUUUAAGAAGUGUCUCUAUAACAGACCAAAGGAAAAUAGUGAGAAUUCUAUCAGAUGAAUCGGGACAAUCAUUCUUUGGCAUCUUCCCGGCCGUUAUUGAAGGCAUUCUCACCACAAAAUAUGCC